AUGGGUUUCUCCAUCCGCCUACUGGCAAUUACUGCUUUGGUCGCAUCUACUGUGGCUGGCCAGAGUGCAGGCCCAUCUCCUACUGAAUCUAUCGGCUGUGAGCCUCACGGUGACCACUGGCACUGCGACGGCCCAGCCUCCACUGCUGUAUCUUCUGUGACAUCAACUGCAGCUGAAUCCGUGUCCACGACCGCAACCGCCUCGAUAGCGCCUAGCCCCACAGAAUCUAUCGGGUGUGAGCCACAUGGUGAUCACUGGCAUUGCGACGGCCCAGCAUCUACUGAUGGGUCUUCUGUGUCAUCAACUACAGCUGAAUCCGAGGCCACGACCGAAACCGCUUCGAUAGCGCCUAGUCCCACAGAGUCCAUCGGAUGUGAGCCACACGGUGAUCACUGGCACUGUGAUGGCCCGGCUGAAACAUCCAGUGCGGCUUCUACAAGCGCCUCGGCUACCGCAGAAGACCAGGACAAUGGUGUCGGAGCUCAAGGCGUUCACAUCCUUCUCCUUGCAGGUCUCUCAGCUGCGGCUGCUGGACUUAACUUCUAA